AUGGAGUCGAUCUCACCCUUUUACUCUAUGUCCACCGAGGUGCGAUACUCUCCACCAUGGCAGGACUUGAGCAUCAUCGGUAUCGCUGGUAGCUCCGGCUCUGGAAAGACCUCUGUGGCCAUGGAGAUUGUCAGGUCUUUGAACUUGCCUUGGGUGGUGAUUCUAGUAAUGGACUCGUUCUACAAGACCUUGUCCCCCGAGGAACACCACCGGGCUCACGCGAAUGAUUAUGAUUUUGACUGCCCAGACUCGAUCGACUUUGACCUUUUGGUCCAUACUCUCCGGGAUCUCAAGAAAGGAAAGAAAGCCAACAUCCCGGUGUACUCUUUUGCUGAUCACCAGCGCCAACCUCAAACAACAACCCUCUACUCUCCUAGAGUAAUUAUUCUAGAGGGUAUUCUGGCGCUGCAUGAUCCCAGAAUUGUGGAGAUGCUGGAUGUGAAGAUCUUCGUCGAAGCUGAUAUGGAUGUCUGCUUGGGCCGCAGAAUUCUGCGUGAUGUUCGCGAGCGAGGACGUGACAUUGAAGGCAUUGUCAAGCAGUGGUUUGAUUACGUUAAGCCCUCUUACACAAGAUUUGUGGAACCUCAACGGUCUAUUUCAGGUUCGUGCCACCCUUUGCUCACCCUCCAUCGACUGAAUCUAACCUUAGCCUUCCAGAUAUCAUUAUUCCGCGUGGUAUUCAAAACAGGACCGCUAUCGGUAGAUAUGGUUGUCAAACACAUCCAGCGCAAGCUUCAAGAGAAGUCUGAAAAUCAUACUGAAGAGCUCCACAGACUAGGCUUGAUUGCAGCCAAGGUAGACCUACCUGAUAAUGUGCACGUGCUGCCUUCAACGCCGCAAUUUGUUGGUAUGAACACCAUCUUACAGAACCCGAAAUCUGAUCAAGAGGACUUUGUCUUCUACUUUGAUCGACUGGCUUCUAUCUUGAUUGAAAGAGCCUUGGACAUGACAUCGUACAUCUCGACAAAGGUGGAAACACCACAGGGUAAUGAGUACCUUGGUCUGCAUCCCACUGGAGCAGUCUCUGCUGUAGCCAUCCUGCGCGGAGGGUCUUGUCUGGAAACAGCUCUCAAGCGAUCUAUCCCUGAUUGCAUCACUGGUCGCAUGCUCAUCCAGACAAACGAGAGCAACGAGGAACCUGAGUUGCAUUACCUCAAGCUUCCAUCACAAAUCGAGGAACACUCCACAGUCAUUCUGAUGGACUCGCAGAUGUCCAGCGGAAGUGCCGCAUUGAUGGCCGUUCGUGUUUUGCUUGACCACGGAGUAGCACAAGAACGGAUCGUCUUUGUGACCUGUGCAGCUGGUGAGAGGGGCCUCAAGCGGCUGGUUGCCGUAUUCUCCAAGAUCAAUGUGAUUGUUGGACGUAUUGAGGAAGAGGGAGAGCCGCGUUGGAUAGAGAAGCGAUACUUCGGAUGCUAA